CAAUAGUGAAUACAAUAUUAGGAGUAUAUACACACUCUUGCACUCUCUGCAUCAAGACUUGUACCUUCUAAUUCCUUUCUUCUUCUUCCUCACUCUCUCCGUCAGUUAAAACCCUAGCCUCCCCUAAAUCCCCAAAUCACACCAAUUUCUCUAAACCCUAGCAAUGGAAGACGUCUGCGAAGGCAAAGAUUUCAGCUUUCCAAAUCAAGAAGAGAAAAUUCUCCAAUGGUGGGAUUCAGUAAAAGCAUUCGAAACUCAGCUCGAAAAAACCAAAAAUCAACCCGAAUACAUCUUCUACGACGGUCCGCCAUUUGCGACGGGUUUGCCUCAUUACGGGCAUAUUUUAGCCGGUACAAUUAAGGACAUUGUGACCCGGUACCAAUCCAUGACGGGUCAUCAUGUGACCCGAAGAUUCGGUUGGGAUUGUCACGGGUUACCCGUUGAACACGAAAUUGACGAGAAACUUGGGAUUAAGACUAAAAACCAAGUGAUUGAAAUGGGAAUUGAUAAGUAUAAUGAGGAGUGCAGAGCUAUUGUUACGAGGUAUGUUGGGGAAUGGGAGAAGACAGUGGUGAGAAUGGGGAGGUGGAUUGAUUUUCAGAACGGGUAUAAAACUAUGGAUUUGAAGUUCAUGGAGAGUGUUUGGUGGGUCUUUGCUCAGUUGUUUCAAAAGGGUCUUGUUUAUAGAGGUUUCAAGGUUAUGCCUUAUAGUACUGGUUUGAAGACUCCAUUAUCCAAUUUUGAAGCUAAUUCUAAUUAUAAGGAAGUAAGUGACCCUGAAAUCAUGGUUUCCUUCCCGAUAGUUGAUGAUCCCGAGGGUGCGUCCUUUGUGGCAUGGACAACAACUCCUUGGACCCUUCCUAGUAAUCUUGCUCUUUGUGUCAACGCCAAUUUUGUAUAUGUCAAGGUUCGCAACAAAUUCAAUGGGAAGAUUUAUGUGGUGGCAGAAUCUCGAUUGGCCGAGCUACCAGUUGAGAAGGCGAAAAAGGUCACCCCAAAUGGACCUGCUGCUGACACUCAAAAUCCAAAUUCUAAGUCAAAGCCUUCUGGUGGUAAAUCACAGAAUGUCGAAACUUAUGAGGUGGUGGAUAAAUUCUCUGGGUCGUCCCUUGUGGGGAAGAAGUAUAUUCCACUAUUUGAUUACUUCAAGGAUUUUUCUGACACAGCAUUCAGAGUCGUUGCGGAUGAUUAUGUGACUUCUGACAGUGGUACUGGAAUUGUUCAUUGUGCUCCUGCCUUUGGUGAGGACGAUUAUCGUGUUUGUAUUGGAAAUCACAUAAUAAAAAAGGGGGAGAGCCUGAUUGUGGCGGUAGAUGAUAAUGGCUACUUUACUGAUAGAAUUACAGACUUCAGAGGAAAAUAUGUUAAGGAGGCAGAUAAUGAUAUCACUCAAGCAGUGAAGGAGAAAGGAAGGCUUGUCAAAUCUGGAAAGUUUAUGCAUUCAUACCCUUUUUGCUGGAGAUCUGACACACCUCUGAUUUACAGAGCAGUUCCUAGCUGGUUUAUUAUGGUGGAAAAAAUUAAGGAUCAAUUGCUAGAGAACAAUAAACAAACCUACUGGGUUCCUGAUUUUGUGAAGGAAAAACGCUUCCACAAUUGGUUAGAAAAUGCAAGAGACUGGGCUGUUAGCCGAAGUAGGUUCUGGGGUACUCCUCUUCCUGUGUGGAUUAGCGAGGAUGGUGAGGAGAUAGUUGUUAUGGACUCCAUUGACAAACUGGAAAAGCUUUCUGGUGCUAAGGUGACAGACUUGCAUCGUCACAACAUUGAUCACAUUACAAUUCCGUCCAGUCGGGGGCCUGAUUUCGGCGUUCUUCGACGUGUGGAGGAUGUAUUUGAUUGCUGGUUUGAGAGUGGGUCAAUGCCUUAUGCUUAUAUCCACUAUCCUUUUGAGAAUGUUGAACUCUUCGAGAACAAUUUCCCUGGUCAUUUUGUGGCAGAAGGUCUCGAUCAAACUCGUGGAUGGUUCUACACCCUUAUGGUCCUUUCUACUGCCCUUUUUGGGAAACCUGCUUUUAGAAACCUCAUUUGCAAUGGUCUUGUCCUGGCUGAGGAUGGGAAGAAGAUGAGUAAACGAUUAAAGAACUAUCCUCAACCAUCAGAAGUUAUCAACGAUUAUGGAGCUGAUGCAUUACGUUUA